GGCCAUGCGGGGUGAGUGAGCAUCUGCAUCGGUGACGCAGGAGCCGUGUCUACGCGGGCUCGGUGGGGCGACCUGCGCAGGGCGCUCAACCGUGUGACGCACUUGCUUGAGAGAGAGUGGGGCGCGCUUUACACCGCGACACCAGCAUUCUGGAGGCUUUGGGGGUGACGCAGCUCGAGUCGUGUGAGCCUCCGAGGGGCGACAGUGUCUCCUGAAGGUCAGCAUUCUAACAAGAAGGCAUCCCUGAGGACAAAACUACUACACGUCUUAAAGAGGGAGUUUGGGGGGGGCUUGCUCUGUCCCUUAGUCUGCAGCCUCAAACUUCUGGGCUCAAGUGAUCCUCACACUGCAGCCUCCUGAGUAGCUCAGCCACAGGACUGAUUUUCGGAGCACAGAAAAGGAGAUUUGAUUGUUUAAUCAGCACAUGAUAAAGUUGUCAGCUUUGUGAAGUUUUUAAGAGUGGAGUUUGAACACAUUUCUGUGUCAUCAAAGGCCAGCAUUGUAGCAAGAAGGCAUCCCUGAGGAGGAAGAACUGUUACACAUCUUAAAGGUUCAGUGGAAAUCCCAAGAGGACGGAUCAAUUCAUGAAUUCUAAAACUAUGGCCCAGGGUUUGGUGACAUUCUCUGACGUAGCCAUAGACUUCUCUCAGGAGGAGUGGGCCUGUCUGGAUUCUUCUCAGAGGGACCUAUACUGGGAUGUGAUGUUAGAGAACUACAGUAACUUGGUCUCACUGGGUCUUGGCAAUACUGCUGCCUGGAUGAUGUUCUGUUCUUCCAUCACAAAGCAUCUAAUAUCUGAUUUAGAGUCAUCAUAUGAGGCUAAGCGUUUACCAACAGAAAAAAAUAUCCGUGGAAUAAAUUUCUCCAAAAGAAAUUCAGAAAGAAAAAGGAAGUCCCUUGGCCAUAACUGGAUAUGUGAAGGUACACUUGAAGAACCACGGCGCUCGAAAAAGAGAUAUGUCAACCGAAUGGUAAUCAGCUAUGUAAAAAGGCCUUCAAAUAGAGAAAGUACAUCUUCUAGACAACAGAGACAUAGUAAGGAGAAUUCUUAUGAAUGUAAGGAAUGUGGGAAGGCCUUUAGUCGUGGCUAUCAGCUUAGUCAGCAUCAGAAAAUUCAUACUGGUGAGAAACCUUAUGAAUGUAAAGAAUGUAAGAAGGCCUUUCGUUGGGGUAAUCAACUUACUCAACAUCAGAAAAUUCAUACUGGUGAGAAGCCUUAUGAAUGUAAGGACUGUGGGAAGGCCUUUCGAUGGGGCUCAAGUCUCGUUAUUCAUAAGAGAAUUCAUACUGGUGAAAAACCCUAUGAAUGUAAAGACUGUGGAAAGGCCUUUCGACGUGGUGAUGAACUCACUCAGCAUCAGAGAUUUCAUACUGGUGAGAAAGACUAUGAAUGCAAAGACUGUGGGAAGACCUUCAGCCGUGUGUAUAAGCUUAUUCAGCAUAAGAGAAUUCAUAGUGGGGAGAAACCUUACGAAUGUAAAGACUGUGGAAAGGCCUUUAUUUGUGGUUCAAGCCUCAUUCAACAUAAGAGAAUUCAUACAGGUGAGAAACCCUAUGAAUGCCAAGAAUGUGGGAAGGCCUUUACUCGAGUCAAUUAUCUUACUCAACAUCAGAAAAUUCAUACUGGUGAGAAACCUCAUGAGUGUAAGGAAUGUGGGAAGGCCUUUCGUUGGGGUUCAAGCCUUGUUAAGCAUGAGAGAAUUCAUACAGGUGAGAAGCCAUAUAAAUGUACAGAAUGUGGGAAGGCCUUUAAUUGUGGCUAUCACCUUACUCAGCAUGAGAGAAUUCACACUGGUGAAACACCUUAUAAAUGCAAAGAAUGUGGGAAGGCUUUCAUUUAUGGGUCAAGCCUUGUUAAACAUGAGCGAAUCCAUACAGGGGAGAAACCCUAUGGAUGUAAGGAAUGUGGCAAGUCCUUUAGUCAUGGCCAUCAGCUUACACAGCAUCAGAAAACUCAUGCUGGGGCAAAAUCCUUUGAAUGUAAGGAAUGUGGAAAGGCAUGUAAUCAUGCAAACCAUCUUAGAGAGCACCAGAGGAUUCACAACAGUUGAAAAACCUUUUGAGUACAGUAGUCCCUUUUUAACCGUGGUUUCGCUUUCCACGGUUUCAGUUGCAGGCAGCCAUGGUUCAGAAAUAUCAAAUGGAAAAUUCCAGAAAUAAACAACGUAUAAGUCUUGCGUGCUCUUCUGAGUAACUUGAUGAAAUCUUGUGCUGUCAUGCUCCAACUAGCCAGGGGUAUAAAUUAUCCCUUGGUCCAGCACAUCCAUGCUGUAUAUGCUACCCAGCCCGUUAGUCACUUGGUAGCCGUCUUGGUUUUCAGAUUGACUGUCGUGGUAUCGCAGUGCUUAUGUUCAAGUCACCCUUCUUUUACUUAAUAGUGACCCCAAAGUACAAGAGUAGUGAUGCUGGCAGUUCACAUAUGCCAAAGAGAAGCCAUAAAGUGCUUCCUUGUAAGUGAAAGGUGAAAAUUCUCUACUUAAUAAUGAAAGGGAAAAAAUAAUAGGCUGAGGCUGCUACGAUCUACAUGACAAUAAAGAUAUUUUGCGAGAGAUACAUUCACAUUUUAUUACAGUAUAUUGUUAUACUUGUUCUAUUUUAUUAGUUAUUGUUGGUAAUCUCUUAUUGUGCCUAACUUUUAAAUUAAACUUCAGAUACGUAUGUACAGAAAAAAAUAUAGUAUAUAGUGUAUAUGUAUAUACACACACAGGAAAAAACAGUGCUAUCCAUGGAUUCAGGUAUCUACGGAGGUCUUGGAAGGUAUCCCCCUCAAAUAAAAGGGGAUUACUGUGCAAAGAGUGUACAAAGGCCUCUAAACUACAUACAUUCCUUUCUCAACAAGAGGACGACAGUUCAUGAUACAAUUUAACACAAGAAAACCUUCAUUGGUCAUUCUUCUGCUUACAAACUAUCAGAAGUCUUGUUAGAGGCAAAUUUGGAGAAUGGAGAAAUCACUUUUUCUUAAUGAUCACAGCAUUCACAGAGUGGACACUGUUACUGUUUAGCUUAGUUUAAUGACUGCAUAAAAGACUACCAAUACCAUUCCAUCUUUAUUCCAUUGCAUCUAGGGAGUAACCCUGCUAAUGUAAUGUAUGUGGGAAAGCCUUUGGUCAUGGUACUUACCCUACCAGUUGCCACCAUCAUCCCUCUACUUUACUCCUGUGAGACACUGGGCAAAUUGCUUAUACCCUUGUGCAUUGUGUGUCAAAUGUACAUUAUGUACAUUAUUUGUACAUAGGGAUACUCACAUUGACCCACAACUGCUGUUGUGGAAAUUAAAUGUUUGGUACAUGUGAAGUCCUUGGCAGUGUAACUGGAAUAUUGUGUAAGCUCAAUAUUAGCUGUGGUUCUUAUGAUCAUUACCAUUAGUGUUGCUAUUAGUCUUAUUACAAGAAGACCCCCUGUGGGUGCAAUGUGUUUAGAAAAGACUAUAGAACUUCUAGAAGAAAACAAGACAAUAUUGUCACAACCUUGAGCUAGACAAUGAUUUCUUAGUACACAAAAAACACUAAAUAUAAAAAGUUACACUUCAUCAAAACUGCAAAAUGCUGUUUCAAGUGAUGUCUAAGAUACAGAAAAGACAAGAAGCAGACUGGAAGAAGGUAUUUGCUCCACCUGACAAAGAAACUCACAUGGAAAACAAAAAGGAUCCCUCGAGUUAUAAAACAACAAAUCAGUUAAAAGGAGUGAAAAUGCAAGCACUUCACCAGAGAAGAUCAUCAGAUGGCCAGUACUUAAAAAUGUGUCCAAUGUUAUUGCUCAUGAAGGUAAAGUAAAACCACAAUGUGCUGUCACUAGACAAUCCACAAUAUAUAGGAGUAAAUUUCAAAUAUCUCACUACAAAAAAUGAUCAUGGAUGUUAAUUAGCUUGAUUUAAUCAUUCCACAUCGUAUUCUUGUAUCAAAAUAUCAUUGUGUGCCAUAAAUGUAAUACAACUAUUAUUUGUCAACUAAAAACAAUAAAGGAAUAAAAUCACA